AUGAAAAUGAGUAUAGCCGAUACGUUUAGGGAAGGAGUGGUUUUCAUCACUGGUAGUACGGGGUUUCUAGAAAAAAUACUCUUGGAAAAAUUGUUAAGAUCUUGUGAUGUGAAAACCAUUGCGGUUCUCAUCAGGGGUAAGAAAGGAUUAGAUGCCAAUCAAAGAGCUGCGAAUAUCUAUAAACAAGCUAUAUUUGACCGUUUUCGAUUUGAAAAACCAGACUUUGUGACUAAGAUAAAAAAAAUUGAUAGACAUUUAGAAGAACCUUCAUUAGGAUUUUCAACAGACAAUCGUGAUUGGUUGAUAAAAAAUGUGAAUUUUGUCUUUCAUUGUGCUGCUACUGUCAGAUUCAAUGAAACUCUUUAAAUAGCGACAAAAAUAAACAUCCAAGGAACAGAAAAUAUAUUAGAACUAGCAACAAAAAUGAAUAAUCUCAAGGGUUUUGUGCAUGUAUCAACUGCUCAUUCACACUGUACAAGAAGUGAAAUUAAAGAACAAUUCUAUCCCGUUUCGAUAUUAGCUAAAGAAUUAAAAGAUUCAAUUAAACGAUAUGAAAACACACAGAAGUUUUCAGUUGAUUGGCCUAAUACACACACUUUCACUAAAGCACUUACAGAAAAUGUAAUUUCAUCAAAUGAAAAUCAAUUGCCGAUUUCAAUAUUCCGUCCUUCAAUUAUUGGAUGCACAAAAUGUGAACCAGAACCAGGUUGGUUAGAUAAUAUUAAUGGACCGUCUAGUAUUAUUGCUCCCCUAAUUGUCGGAUUUUUAAGAACAUUACAAUUAUCCACGGAUAAAAGAACUGAUAUUGUCCCAGUCGAUUACACUGCAAAUGCACUUAUCAGUGUAAUGUGGAGUACAGUGAACAGACAUAACUAUAGUUAUGAAAAGAACAAGGAACCAAAAAUGUAUAAUUACGUGUCUAGUGUUGACAGCCCAAUACAUUGGGAUAAGAUCAUACAGUAUACAUUUGAAACUUACCAUCAGGCACCUCCGUUGGGAUCAAUGUGGUAUAUAUUUUGUAUAUUUUUAAAGGUGGAAAGUAGGAAACCACCCUUGUACUGCAGUAGGUGUUAUUGA